CCCUUUAUCAGCCACCAGACACCAAUAAAGCCACAUUAAGUAGAUAAGAAUAACUUGAUUAGCCAUGAAUAGAGAGUGCCGAUGGGUACAAAGAGGACGUAUUUGUUACGAAGAUUUAUUAGUGUCUCGUGUGUGUCGUCUUGCUUCGUGUGAAUACGUUUGAGGAAUAUUGAACAUGGUUCCUUCACUGUUGCUCUGUUCGCUUUUGGUGUUAUCCACCGCAAGCUCUGUGGCCGAUGCCAAAGCCAAUCUAACAAAGAUAACAUGGGCCCAUGCAGUGAACGAUGCCGAGUUUUUAACUCGCGUUCUGGCAAGCGAUGUUCAGUUCAUCGAAGCGGACAUUUCGCUCGGCUAUCUGAAGGAUGAUGUGAACAAAGAGCGUGAAAUCCCCAUCAUGGCUCACCCACCUGCCACUGAGUCGGACAUUUCCCUCGAAACGUUCCUGCAGCGUAUUCUACAGUUCAAUCGCGAAGCGAACGACCCCUCGAAGGUGAAGGGAGUUAAGCUGGACUUCAAAUCCAUCGGUGCCUUCGAACGAUCGAUUGACAUUAUUCGAGCUAGCUACGAUAUGACUGCAUUCGACACGUGGAUCAAUGCGGACAUUCUACCCGGACCGGUCGAUAACACUGCCACCGUCCCGGUUGAUCCGACGCGGUUCUUUACCGCAGCUCGACGUCUCGGCAAAGCAACGCUCUCGAUCGGUUGGACCACUCGUUGGGGACCCGAUUUUAGCGAAGGCUUGUACACCGAAGCGCAAGUAGACGCGAUGAUUGCUGCGAUUCGUGCGAAUGGAAUCGACAAGGUUGGCAACGCCAUUACGUUCCCGGUUAGAGGCGGAAUCGUGGCAAAUAGCGUGACCAACAUGAUCCGUUUGUUCUGUGCUUUGAAGGACACAAACAACGUAACGUUCACGAUCUGGUCCAGCGCGGAUGAUGCCGUGAAUGUAGAGAAGCUACGCGAAUUUAUCUUCACCACGGGACUGGACCGUACGUACGUUGAUGUGCCGGACGAUCUGCAUAAAAAGCUGCAUCUGGACGAAAAUGCUUUCAGCAAUACGUGCAAAAAAACGCUUCAGGCUAGGUGUUUUGACUAGGUCAAAUGUAUUAACUUUGUUACAAUAAAUCGGCUCUUUACUGGUCA